CUCAAGCGUUGUCAUUAGAAGAGAUCAUUACUCCAAAAAGGAUUGUAAGAAAACAAAGCAAUAGAAUGAAGACACUCGCUGAAUUAGCAAUUAAAGUCAUCACAAAAUAUUCGAAAAGAGAUUUAAAUAUUAUAUAUGCAGAAUAUAUUUGGGCUGAUCGUGAGAAGGCUUGGAUAUCGCCUGUCAAGGAUAUAACGGUUAAUGGUGAAAAGUACGAAUGGUUUUACAAACCGGAAUAUAGUAUUCGACAACAAAUGGAAGUAAAAUGUAUCGAUUCUACUCAUCUUUUGACAAGGACACGUAGAAAAUGUUGUAAAGGUGGUCUUGAAGGUUUAUCUAAUGAAGGAUGGCUGAAGGUUGCAAGAUCAAAGAAAACGCUGUUAACACCAAUCAUGGUAGAAGAAAUAACUGACCCUAUGUCUGUGUCAAUGGCUAAGACACAUUUUUCAGCAGAAGUCGAGGAAGAGCUUAGAUUUCAUAGUGAAAUAGCUAGCGCUGAUUUGUGUAAGGAUAUACGCCAGUGGUGGGAAUCUGAAGACAAGGCCGGCAUUCCUGCAUCCACUAGAGUUGAAAUGAGACUGUCACUGAGAAAACGUUUAUUGCAGAAAGUUGAUUUCUGUAAAUUUCCACCAGUUACUAUGUAUGCAGGAGGAUGGCCAAUGCAAUUGUGGGAAGCAAUCUUAGCUAACAUUGAUGCCAAAUGUUUUCUGUAUUCUCUCAGUCAUGGAGGUACAUAUAAUGUUCGUGCCUUCAGCAGCAUGAUAGGCGAAACAUUCUUUUCCGAACUUACAUUAAAUGAUAAAAGGGGACAAGGAGCUGUAACUUGUAAAGAAUUUGGACAGUUUAUUGGAAACACCGUCGAACAAAUGCAAAUUCGAUUAGACCCUGAAAGAAAAUUUGCGUAUUGCACGAAAAAGUCUACAGUUUAUGAUAUUGUUGAGGAGACACAUGAUGCUUGUAAUGACAAAAAAGACUGUCCAGUCUGCUACGAAGAUCGUCAUAAACUACCUACAGAUAUAAAACCAAAAGACCAUCCCUUUGAUACGGAGGCUAGGAGAAGAUUACCCGGGAGACGAAAAGAGGGUACGAUAUCAACAGAUCGUACUGCCUUGCAGAAAGGGGCACUUGGUGUACGAUGGGAAACCGCGAGGUGUAAUUUGUCCAAGCAACUUCCAACGAAAUUGAUGGGCCUACCUGAGGACAAGUUUAAUUGAAUUGCUAUUCAAACAAACAGCAACGUUUUUAAGAACACUUUCUUUUUACGUUGUUGAGUUAUUCCGACAAUUUAUCAAUACUGAAUACCAUUGUUUAAUGUGCAUCUAGUUGUAUGUAAUAUAGUAAAACAAAACUUAUAUUUUAUUAAUUGUUUUAUUAGAAUAUCAUUAUUUAUAUAAUUAUCAAAAAAUAUCACAGUAAUCAUUGGAAAUCACAUAAUGUAAUCACAAGAGCUUUUCAUAACAUAUCAUUAAAAACAUUUGUACAACUUAAAAUUGGUUAUAUAAAGUUGAACCCACUAGGUAUCAUAUUCUUAUUAGAAAAUAAGCAAGAGAAACAUUCGUUAAAAGCAAACAGAAUUACAAAUAUU